GAGAUUAAAACGAAACCUACUUUGAAGGUAGAAGGGUUACGGGAACAUCCAUUUGUGGCGUUAGGAAGAAAGACAUGUUGGCGAGAAGGUUGACUUCUUUCUUCAAAAGUUCUCCCUCUUCAAAGGUUUCCAGCUCUGGAAAUUCUGUGAAUGAGGAAACGAGCAAGUGGUUUGGUCGGAAAGCGGUGUCUUUUGUCUUGAUUACUGUAACAGGUGGUGUAGCCUUGAGUGCUCUUGAUGACCUUGCAAUCUACCAUGGUUGUACAAGCAAGGCCAUUGAGAAAGCCGGUAAGCAUCAGGCAGUUAUAGAUGCUAUUGGGGAACCGAUUAAGAAGGGACCAUGGUACAAUGCUUCUCUUGCAGUUGCUCACAAGAGGCGUUCUGUAUCUUGCACAUUUCCCGUGUCUGGACCACAAGGCGAUGGAGUAUUACAAUUGAAGGCAGUUCGUAAUGGAGAUGAUACUUGGUAUUCUUAUUUCCUUCCUCGAGACUGGGAAAUCCUAAUCAUGGAAGCCCUUCUACAUGUUCCUGGGAAUGAAGAGAAGCACCGAGCAUUACGAAUUAGUCUCCUGGAAAACAUCCCUUAUCCAGCUCAGAGGGCAUGCAGUGAAUGCAGGCCUCAGAAAUCUGAGAAUGAAGAGAAGAAAUGAGAACCCAUACUCGAGAAAGUGGCAAAAUUGUUCUUUCCUUUGGAGUUCGAAUCCAACUCUUCUCAUGUCAAAACUCCAUAUCUGAUGUGUCCCUGCAGAUGAAUAAAUUUUGUGAAAUUUUGCUGUCUUCUGUAGCUUAAAAUAUGGUAAAAACACCAAUUAUAAAUCUGGUUAAUGGGCAGAUAGGAUUCAAAUAACUUUCCUUGUUAAAAUAAAACUUUCUUUCAGAGAGCCCGAUUUGUUUGAUGGAGUUUAAAGGGUGAAUCCCUGUGAUAAUAAAAAUUCAUUGUUCAAACUUCAGAGUGUAUCUGCAAUUUUUAUAUCCCUU